CCCCUCUCCCCUCCACAGCCCUGUCCCAGCCCCCCUGCGGGAGGAUGUUGAGGAGGGCGAGCUGUUUUUAGGGGAGUAGAGGUGUGAGGUGGCAGUAAUGAGGAUUCUCCCUCUAGCCAUCUGUGUGAAGAUGCUCUGGGUCUGUGUACUUCUUUGCUGGCUGUUAAGACCCUUACAAGGAACAGCGGAGAGCUGGGACCACUCACCUGUAACAGGUUAUGACUCUAUGAAGACGAAACGAUGGGACACCCGGUUUGUGAGGCUGCAGCGCGACGUCAGCAAAGGGUUAAAUGGCACCGGAACGCACAUCAGCCAGGAUAUGGGAGGCGACAGUCUGUCGAUUGACACUUUGCCGGAUAACCAGUCACAGGUCAUAGAGGACAGUUACAUUUACUAUACGUCGAGAGUGUUUGGUCCAUCAGAACUGCAAAGUCAGGAGCUGUGGGUGGAUUUAAUGCAGCAAAAAGGCAGCAGAGCCCGAGUUCACAGCAUCCUCUCCAACACGCACAGGCAAGCCUCGAGAGUUAUUCUGUCCUUUGACUUCCCAUUCUAUGGACAUCCAUUGCGUCACAUCACGAUCGCCACUGGAGGUUUCAUCUUCAUGGGAGAUGUCCUCCAUCGCAUGCUAACAGCUACACAGUACGUGGCACCACUGAUGGCAAAUUUCAACCCCAGUUACACCACAAACGCAACAAUAAGCUACAGAGACAACGGCACUUCUUUUGUGGUACAGUGGGACAACGUCCCUCUGCAUGAAAAAGAGGACGCCGGAGGCUUCACUUUCCAGGCUGCACUACACAAAGAUGGACGCAUUGUGUUUGUUUACAAAGAGAUUCCUCUGCCAGUUCAGGACAUCAGCCCUGCUCAGCACCCCGUGAAAGCAGGCCUUUCAGAUGCCUUUCUGGUUCUCAAUCCGUCCUUGGAUGUGCCAGAAUCUCGAAGACGCACCAUCUACGAGUAUCACAGGGUGCAGUUUGAUCUCGCAAAAAUCCAGAGCCAGACGCUUGUGGAAUUUACCCCCUUGCCAACCUGUCUGCAGCUGUCUAGUUGUGACCAGUGCAUGGCCUCUGUCCUGACGUUCAACUGCAGCUGGUGUCACGUCUUACAAAGAUGUUCCAGUGGCUUUGAUCGCUACCGACAGGACUGGCUGACAUACGGCUGCGCAGAGGAGUCCCAAAGCCCAUCCUGUGAAGAGUUUGUGGAUUCUUAUUCUCCAUCUGAUCCCUCCUUCAUACCAACAUCAACGGAACAGGAACCAUGGACAGUAACCACCUCUGUGCUGUCAGAAGGCCUCACCACAGAAGAUGAUACAAAAUCGACUCAAUAUGCAAGAGAUGAGAUGCAGGAGGAGCUGACCAGACAAAAAAAGAAGUCACUGGUGCAUUUCGGGACAAUCGUAGGAAUUGUGCUGGCGGUGCUGCUAAUCACCAUCAUAAUACUGACAGCAAUUUAUAUAAACCGACGCUCAGGGAAGCAGGGAAGAUGCUGCUGUGUGCAGUAUCGUCCCCAUCAGUGGGCCAUGAAGUUGAACAAUCAUGGCAAUCCUGGAAUGUACAAGGAGGUGGACCCCACACCGGCACUUGAGAAAGAUGGCUUCAUGGAGACAGAACCAUAAAAGAACUUCCGCUACAAGACAAUUGGGGUGGUGUGGAGGGGGGGCAGGUUCCCUCUCUAGGAAUUUAAAUAUAUCCCCAACAACAGUAACCCAAUGGAAAGGUAAUAUAGGAACAAAACCCAUGACCAUUUUCAAAGCAUCUUACAUUACGAAACGUUUAAUUUUAGAAAGGUGCACCAAUGCUUCAGGGAUCUGUAAAGAACAGACCACGGUACCAGAUACUUGCAAUACUGUGUACCCCUGUAUAGAUCAAUGCAUGUAAGAGAGAUCUAAUAAAAUAAGGCAUCUUAAAAAGAUGAAACAACUGUACCACAUAACCCCAAAUCUGCAGUGCAUCACUCCAGUAUUGGGGGCUAUCAGGCAAAAGAAGCCAUUCCAAUUUUUAUUACGGAUCUGCAUCACAAUCAUUCCCAAUGGCAGAAUAUUGCG